ACAACACACCCACAUUCUCAACUCUUUCGUCUCACUUUAUUAUGGCUCUUCACAAAACCUUAUUCAUUCUUUUCCUCUUCCUCACUUUGGCCUCGGCUUCCACCUUUAACGUAGUCGAUUUCGGUGCAAAACCCAACAUCGGAACCGACUCAUCGCAGGCGUUCGAGGAAGCUUGGGCUAGUGCAUGUCGUGCAACGACAGCCGUGUCCAUUUAUGUUCCAAAAGGGAGAUUCUAUGUGAAAAGUAUAGCAUUUGAAGGGCCUUGCAAUAAUAAUGAUAUCACUAUACGAAUUGAUGGGACGCUUUUGGCUCCAUCAAACUAUGCUGUGAUUGCAAAUUCAGGAAAUUGGAUCACUUUUAAACGUGUUGAUGGUGUUAACGUGUUUGGUGGCGUUCUUGAUGCCCAAGGAUUUGGAUUAUGGGCUUGCAAGAAUUCCAAAAGCUCUUGCCCCUCCGGAGCCACGUCGUUGGAAUUUUCCAAUUCAAAGAAUAUAAUGGUUAGUGGCUUAACGUCACUAAAUAGUCAAAUGUUCCACAUAGUAAUCAAUGGUUGUCAAAAUGUGAAAGCACAAGGACUGAAGAUAUCAGCUGCUGGUAAUAGCCCAAACACCGACGGCAUUCACGUAGCAUUAUCCUCAACGGUUACUAUCCUCAACUCUAUAAUUGGCACGGGCGACGAUUGCAUUUCAAUAGGUCCUGGCACGUCGAACUUGUGGAUUGAGAAUGUUGCUUGUGGACCUGGACAUGGAAUCAGCAUUGGGAGUUUAGGAAGAGAAGUGCAAGAAGAUGGUGUUGAGAAUGUAACAGUUAAAUCUGCUACAUUCACAAACACACAAAAUGGGGUCAGAAUUAAAACAUGGGGAAAGCCGAGCAAUGGAUUUGCAAGAAGCGUUAUCUUUCAAGACAUUGUAAUGGUCAAUGUGGAAAAUCCUAUCAUUAUUGAUCAAAAUUAUUGCCCCGACAACAAAGGUUGUCCUGGACAGGAUUCUGGAGUUAAAAUCAGCGAUGUGACAUAUCGAAACAUACACGGAACAUCAGCGACGCAAGUUGCGAUGAAAUUCGAUUGUAGCUCGAAAUUUCCAUGCAAUGACAUAACUUUGGAGGAUGUGGAGUUGAGUUAUAAGAAUGAAGCAGCUGAAGCUUCAUGUAGUCAUGCUGAAGGAAGUGCUGCUGGUUUAGUUCAGCCAUCAAGUUGUUUGUAGACAGGUCUUAGAACUAUGUAAUAUAUAAUUUUAUAAUUAUAUUAUAAGGUCCUCUAGGGUUAGCUAGGGAUAUGUUACCUGUCUUAGCAUAGAUAAGAAUUGAAGUUCCAAGGUUGAGGUUAUGGUACUAGCAAGUAGCAACCCACUAUGGGGCGUGUUCGUUUCCAGAGUCAACAUCGAGUUUUCUAGAUUUUUGUUUAAUUAGUUUAGCACCUUUGAUCAACAUUAAUUAAUCUACUAGUGUCGACCAUUUUAUUGCUAUUUUAAAGGUGAAUGAUUUUUAUUACACUUA